CCAAGAUGUCGGCGGCGAUCGCCGCGCUCGCCUCCUACGGCGGCUCCGACUCGGAGCCGGACUCGGAGCCGGAGGCUGAGGGGGGCCCGGGCCGCGCCGCCCCCGCCGCCGUCCUGGCCAGCCGCGACGCGGUGCUGCACCUCCGCGCGCCCCCCGCCGCCCCGCCCGCCCUGCCCGUCGACUCGGCCCCGGAAGUGGCCGUGAAGGAAGAUGUGGAAACAGGAGUCCACCUUGAUCCUGCUAUCAAGGAAGUUCAGUACAAUCCCACUUAUGAUACCAUGUUUGCACCUGAGUUUGGACCAGAGAACCCAUUUAGGACUCAGCAAAUGGCUGCACCUAGAAAUAUGCUUUCUGGAUAUGCAGAACCAGCUCACAUCAAUGAUUUCAUGUUUGAACAACAAAGAAGAACAUUUGCAACCUACGGUUAUGCAUUAGAUCCCUCUAUAGAUAACCCUGAAGUUGCUACCAAGUAUAUUGGUUCUGUAGAAGAAGCAGAAAAAAAUCAAGGCUUAACAGUGUUUGAAACGGGACAGAGGAAAGUAGAAAAAAGGAAAAAAUUCAAAGAGAAUGAUGCAUCUAACAUUGAUGGCUUCUUGGGACCAUGGGCAAAAUACGUUGAUGAAAAAGAAGUAGCUAAACCCUCAGAAGAAGAACAGAAAGAGUUGGAUGAAAUAACAGCCAAGAGGCAGAAGAGAGGAAAACUAGAAGAUGAUAAACCUGGAGAGGAAAAGACUAUAUUACAUGUCAAGGAAAUGUAUGACUAUCAGGGAAGAUCUUAUCUUCAUGUCCCUCAAGACGUUGGAGUUAAUCUCCGUUCCACUGUGCCACCUGAGAAAUGCUAUCUUCCAAAGAAGCAAAUCCAUGUAUGGUCUGGACAUACAAAGGGUGUCAGUGCAGUUAGAUUGUUUCCUCUCUCUGGACACAUACUAUUGUCUUGCUCUAUGGAUUGCAAAAUUAAGCUAUGGGAGGUGUAUGGUGAUCGAAGAUGUCUACGAACAUUUAUUGGACACAGUAAAGCUGUUCGAGACAUCUCUUUUAAUAAUGCUGGCACUCAGUUUCUCAGUGCAGCGUAUGACCGCUACAUUAAACUCUGGGACACUGAAACAGGGCAAUGUAUUUCAAGAUUCACAAACAGGAAGGUUCCUUACUGUGUCAAAUUCAAUCCUGAUGAAGAUAAGCAAAACCUCUUUGUUGCAGGAAUGUCAGAUAAGAAAAUUGUGCAGUGGGAUAUACGGAGUGGUGAAAUUGUGCAGGAAUACGAUAGGCAUUUGGGAGCUGUCAACACCAUUGUGUUUGUAGAUGAAAAUAGACGAUUUGUGAGUACAUCUGAUGACAAGAGUUUAAGAGUCUGGGAAUGGGAUAUUCCUGUAGACUUCAAGUACAUAGCGGAGCCAAGUAUGCACUCGAUGCCAGCUGUGACUUUGUCUCCAAAUGGGAAAUGGUUGGCUUGUCAGUCGAUGGAUAACCAAAUUCUGAUUUUUGGAGCUCAGAAUAGAUUCAGAUUAAACAAAAAGAAAAUCUUCAAAGGUCACAUGGUAGCUGGCUAUGCUUGUCAAGUGGAUUUUUCACCUGAUAUGAGCUAUGUGAUAUCUGGAGAUGCAGAUGGAAAACUUAACAUCUGGGACUGGAAGACAACAAAACUCUACAGCAGGUUAAAAGCACACGAUAAAGUCUGUAUUGGUGCAGUCUGGCAUCCACAUGAAACAUCUAAAGUCAUUACGUGCGGCUGGGAUGGUCUUAUUAAACUAUGGGACUAAAGAGGAUGCUACAAAGAUCAGAAGUUGUAACUCUUGCAGACAACUGAGAUUUGAAUGAAUUCUGCUCUAAGGAUGAGUAGACAUUUUUAAUACAGCUGUUCUCAGCUAGCUGUGUAUAUACUCCCCAAAAUGGGAGAUACUCGUGACAAAAAAAAUGGACUGGAAGGAUGUAGUUCUAAAUAUUACCCCUGAGUAUGAGAUGCUGAGAUCAGUGAAGCAUGCAAUCAAGUGUUAGUUUGUCAUGUCACUUUUUUGUGCAAAAUACUUUUGUAAAGUAAAAUAAUUCUCAGAAAAAAUAUUUUUGUGUUUUUGGGUGUCAGAUGCGUAGAGUUAAAGGAGAGAACCAGCAGUUGUAUAAUUACAUUCUGUAAUUCGAAGAACAAAUCUUUAUCUACUGCAAUAGAGCUGGAAAAAUGCAUUUGUUUGCACGCUUUUUGGCAGUAUUUUGUGGUCCCCAGAAUUCUUCUAACUUUAUAGAACAUAAGACCACUUGCUAAGAUCUGUUAAUACAUGAUAGAAAUGUAAAAUGAAUCAGAAACUUGUAUAGCCUUCAGUUAAACGGUAUGCACUGAAGACUGCAUUCAUAAAAUUGUUUUCUGUCUGUAUUUAGAUUUAACAAUUGCAUUGUGCUCAUCACUGAGGUUCAUCUUUGCAACUACUCCUCAAUUUGAAGGUUUUCCUUAUAGUGGGUACUCUUUGAUUGUAUGUUGUUGUUCUCUUUCCAUAUGCAGUUAAGUUCUAAUAAGCAUGAUAAAUAUUUUGAAAGAAAAACAACGAAGUAAAUGUCUCUUGUUCUGUUUGGAAUACAUUGUAUUAUAAGCCCCACAGAGUUUGACAAAUUAAUGUAUAUACAUGUCACUUUUUCUCUU